AUGGCUGACAGUGAGUUAGUUGCUCAAUGGGAAAAAGUACAAAUUAAGACCUUUACUAAAUGGGUUAAUAUGCAUCUUGCUAAAAAAGGAAGAAAAAUUAAUGAUGUUACUACUGACUUUAAGAAUGGAGUAGAGUUAUGUGCACUUUUAGAAAUUAUUGGAGAAACAACUAUUAAAUGUGUUACUAAUCCAAAAAUGAGAAUUCAAAUGACAGAAAAUUUGGAUAAAGCAUUAAGAUUUAUUCAAUCAAGGGAUGUUAAAUUAACAGGUAUUGGACCAACUGAUAUUGUUGAUGGAAAUGUUAAAUUAACACUUGGACUUGUUUGGACACUUAUUUUAAGAUUUGCUAUUUCAGAACUUUCAGCAGAAGGAUUAAGUGCUAAACAAGGAUUGUUAUUAUGGUGUCAAAAGAAAUGUGAACCAUAUCCAGUUAAAGUAGAAAACUUUUCAGAAUCAUUUAAAGAUGGUAAAGUUUUCUGUGCUCUUAUUCAUAGACAUAGACCAGAUUUAUUAGACUGGGAAACAGUUGGAGAAGAUGAUAGAGCUAAUUUAGAAAAAGCAUUUGAUGUUGCAGAAAAAGAACUUGGUAUUCCAAAAUUACUUGAUGUUGAUGAUAUUGUUAAUAUGCCAAGACCAGAUGAAAGAUCAGUUAUGACAUAUGUCGCUGCUUUAUAUAAAGUUUUUAGUUCAAAUGAUCAAGUAGAAAAAGCAGGUAAAAGAGCAGGUAAUUUCCUUGAUUUCCUUAGAGCUACAGAAGGAAUGGUUCAUGAUUAUGAACAAAGAGCACAAGCACUUAAAGAUAAUAUUGAAGCUGCUAUUAAUAAAAUGAAUGGAGUUGAACCAUCAGAUGAAUAUCAUCAAAUCAAAGAACAAGUUAAUGAAACUAAAAAUUAUAGAAAAGGAGAUAAAAGAGCAUUUAUUAAAGAACAAGGUGAUCUUGCUACAUUGUUUGGUCAAAUUAAUUCAAAAUUAAGAGGAAUGAAAAGACCAGUUUAUGUUGCACCAGAAGGACUUGAUCCAAAGAGUCUUGAAGGAUAUAUUGCUAAUAUUUCUGAAGCAGAAAGAGCAUUAAGAUCUAAAUUAAAUACUGCUAUGAGAAAUUGUCUUAUUGCACUUAGAAAAGCAUUUGCAGAACCAGCUAAUGCAACAGAUGCAAAGAUUAAUGAAUAUAGAACAUUUGUCACAGAUGAAUCAAGUGAAGCACCAUUAGAAGAACAAGUAGUAACAUUAAAAGCAAAAUUAGAAGAAUUAAAACAAAUUGAAGGACAACUUCCACCAAUUGAAGAAGCAGAAAAAGCAUGUGAAGAUGCUAAUAUUGAAGAUAAUGAAUAUACUGAUGUAUCAUUUGAUGAUCUUCAAUUUAAUUAUGAACAAACAAUUUCUAUGUUUGAAAAGAAGAUUGUUUAUAUUGAAGCUCAAAUUAAUGAAGCUUCUAGUGGAGUUACUGCAGAACAAAUGCAAGAAUUUAAACAAAGCUUUGAUGCAUUUGAUGGAAAUCAUGAUGGAGUUCUUGAUAAACUUGAAUUUAGAUCAUGCUUAAGUUCUAUGGGAUUAAUUGAUAUUGAUUUCACAGGAGGAGAAGAUGCUCAAUAUGAUGCUAUUUAUAAUAAUGUUACAAAAGGAGAAAAUGGAGUUUCAUUUGAUAAUUAUGUCCAAUAUAUGAAAGAAAAGAAUGAUGAAAAUCCAUCACCAGAACAACUUAAUGAAAUUUUCUCUACAAUUGCUGCUGGUAAAGAAAUUAUUACUGAAGCUGAUAUGCAAAAAGCUGGUAUGAGUGCUGAACAAAUUGAAUAUGUUAAAUCUAAUCUUCCACAAAAAGAUGAUGGUUAUGAUUAUGCUGCUUGGGUUAAGACUAAUUAA